UUUCCAACUAACACGGCAGACGGAAGGUUGAUAUUUGGAUUUGCAGUUCUGUUUUUCGUCAGUAAAGACAAGUCGACAGCGAGUAUAGUGGGUUUUUGGAAGUAGCAGCACUAUGGCAGAGAGAAACAACAACCGUGGUGGAAGAGGAAGAACACGAGGGUUCGCUACAGCUGGUGGCGGUGGUGGUGGGCAGCGUGGCGGCGGCGGCGGCCGUGGACAGCAACGUCAAGCCCCUCCGCAACAACAGGCGUGGCCAUCGCUGGGGCAACCCGCACAGCCAGCUGCUUCACAGCAGCCAUCCGGUUGGGGUAAUCAAGGUGCUCAACAACAGCGCACCCACACUCAACCAGCGCAACAGCAGCGUCACCAGGCUCAUGCCGCGCAACAGCAGCGUCCCCAGGCUCAUGCCGCGCAAGUACAGCGGCCCCAGGCACAGCCUAUGCAACAGCAGCGUCCGCAAGCUCAGCCUGCGCAACAACAGCGCCCAGUGCAGGAGCCUUCGGCUGCUCCGCCCGUAUCUGACUCAGAACAUCGCCCACAAAGGGGAUCUACUGGUGAUGGACUAGCGGGACGUGGGGCGAUGCGCGGAAAACGCGCACUUCCCGACGUCGUUCGCACGCGCCCGGUCAAUUCUGUGGUUACAAAACAAGGAAAAACUGGUCAAGUGAUCACUCUGCAAACUAACUAUUUCCGCGUGACUCGCAAGGAAAAUGAAUCGAUAUUUCAGUACAGGGUUGAUUUUAACCCACCAUCCGAUAGCAUGAAAAUUUUAAGCUCCUUGAUGUACCAACUAAAGCCGAUUCUUGGCGGCUAUAUCUUUGAGGGUACACAACUUUUCUCCAGGCAUAGAUUUGCUAAGGACGAAGUGGAAUAUACUACCAGAGAUGGAACUACCGGCCAGGAGUACAUUAUUUCUUUUCGCAAAGUAGGAACCAUCGACGGAACUAAUGAGAUGGCCCUCAUGAUUUUUAAUUUGAUCAAUAGAAAAGCAAUGGCAGGUUUAAACCUACAGCUAAUUGGCCGAAACUUUUUUGAUCCAGAAGGUAAAAUACGCAUGGGUAUGUACGAGAUUGAUCUAUAUCCUGGCUAUUUGACCAGUAUUCGGCAGCAUGAGCAAGAUGUACUUAUGUGCGCGGAAAUAACGCAUAAAGUAAUGAGAGUGGACAACUGUUAUGUGCAACUCAGGAGGUGCAUGGACCGAGGGGGUAACUGGAAGGACACCUUCAAAAGAUUGAUAAUUGGAACGAUUGUCAUGGCCAAUUAUGGCAGGUAUAACACAUACCUGAUUAAUGAUGUUGAAUUUAAUACUACACCGGAUAGCAGAUUUGAUACACAAGACGGGCCAACCACAUUUAUCCAAUACUUUAAAUCACGUUAUAAUAUUGAUAUCAGGGAUUCGAGACAACCCAUGCUAAUUUCGCGAUCGAAGCCCAGAGACAUACGUGCAGGUAAACCAGAAAUCAUCUGUCUGGUGCCGGAAUUGGUUCGUGCGACUGGUAUCACAGACGAAAUGAGAAAAGAUUUUAAGCUGAUGCGUGAUUUAGCGGAUCACACUCGUUUGACCCCGGAUAGACGUAUUGAACGUUUAGAGGCAUUCAACAACCGACUGGUAAAGACGCAGGCAAGCAGCGAAGUGUUUGAUUUCUGGAAAACGGAAUUAGAUCGUCGGCUGGUUGAAGUACCAGGCCGCCUUUUACCCCAGGAAAUUAUCGUGUUCGACUUAGAGAGACAAGGUAUCCCUGCGGGAGAAUCAGCGGACUGGCAAAUGGCAUUCCGCAACAGUUCCAUGACCGUUUCUAUACCAUUGAAAAACUGGUUCGUUAUUGUUCCUGGUGGACAGGACCGGUUGAUUGCGGAUUUUAUAAACUGUUUGAAGAAUGUUUCAUCCGGAAUGAGAUUUCAAAUGCAAGACCCUCUGGUCGAAAGAAUAGGAAAUGAUUCCCCAGCUGAGUAUGUGGCGGCAUUGAGUAGACUAGUUGAAAGAGAUCCUCAACUAAUCAUGUGCUUAGUAAGCAACGAUAAACAGGAUCGCUAUGCCGCAAUCAAAAAGAAAUGCUGCGUCGAUCGCGGCGUUCCGACUCAGGUAAUCAAAGCGCGAACCAUUACCCCAAAAGGCGGUAAUGUGCGUACCUUGAUGUCCGUUGCUACCAAAGUGGCUAUACAAAUAAAUUGCAAGCUUGGAGGAAUUCCGUGGGUCAUAAAGAAUCCGCUUACAUCGGUAAUGGUAGUGGGCUUCGAUGUUUGCCACGAUACAAAGGAUAAGGCGAAAUCUUAUGGAGCGUUGGUUGCUAGCAUGUACUGUGGUAACACUAAAUAUCCCAGAUUUUUCUCCACUGUCAGUCAUCAUUCGAAGGGUGAAGAAUUGUGCGACUUUAUGGCAAUUAACGUUGUUAAAGCGCUACGCUCCUAUCAGAGCGAUUUUGGAACAUUACCGAUGCGUAUCAUCUUCUAUCGCGAUGGUGUAGGUGAAGGACAGUUUAAAUAUGUCUACGAGCACGAGCUCAAUGUCAUCAAAAGGAACCUGUCAUCCGUGUAUCAGGGUGUUGAAGCAAAACUGUCCUUCUUUGUCGUCAAUAAACGUAUCAACACGCGAUUAUUUGACCAGAAAAAAAACCCCUUACCUGGAACGGUAGUCGACGAUGUCAUCACUCUGCCAGAACGUAAUGAUUUCUAUCUGAUUUCUCAAAGUGUCCGCCAAGGCACCGUUUCGCCAACAUCGUAUAAUAUUUUAUACGAUAAUACUGGACUGACGGCCGACCAACUGCAGCUUUACACGUACAAACAGACGCAUCUUUACUAUAAUUGGUCUGGAACAGUUGGUGUUCCUGCCGUUUGCCAGUACGCUCAUAAGCUGGCAUUUUUAGUAGGACAAUACCUACACCAGGCCCCAGCGGCCAAUCUUGAAAAGAAGUUAUACUAUUUAUAAUUAAGCAUUUUUAUUUUUUUUUCAUACCUUUUAUUUCAAAGGAGAAAUUAUCAAAACAAUUUAUAUUAAAUAUAAUAUAUAAGUUUUAGGCAUGUUUAGAAAGAGCAAAAACUUUUAAUUAUAAAGAGAAUACCCGAAAUUCGA